UCCGUGUCUUCUUAGCUAAAAGCGGCGGUAAAUAAUUAGUUACCAGUGUCCAGCUAAACCCGGUUACACAAACACUAAUAAACCGACGCCUCUUCUUCUGAUUUAACCGACGUAUCUUUUAACUUUAUUUUUAACUUCCAACAGUUUUUCAUAACCUCCCAUAUUCUUCUCCACUACUCAUAUAUAAACGUCAAGUUGUCUCACUCUGAUCCCAUAAUACUGUUCCCAGUGUGAAAAACUGAUUACCUCCAAACCGGUUAAACUAAACCGGUUCCAAUGGAUAAUCUACUCUGCGACGAGUCAUGGCUCUCGGAUCCUUUGUCUCCAGAGUCUUUACCAAACUUCCGCUUAAACAUUCACGAGGAUCACGUGGCGAUGUCUCCGGGAGUGGAUGCAGCGACGGUUGAGGAAGCCAUGUCUAUAGAUUUGGAGAAAGAAACAUGUUUCAGCAAUCACGGAGCCAAGUUUAUUGAGUUUCUUGCUACGAAGAAAUUAAUUGAUGAUAGGCUUCAAACAGUUCAAUGGCUCAUUCAGGCUCGGAGUCGGCUUAAUCUUUCAUUUGAAACGCUUUUCUCCGCGGCAAAUUGUUUUGAUCGGUUUGUCCAUGUUAUCGGCUGCGGCGAAUGGAGUAAAUGGAUGGUGGAAUUAGUCGCAGUAACCUCAUUAUCUGUCGCAUCAAAAUUUAACGACGUUUCUUCCCCUUCACUUCAAGAACUUCAGAUGGUAGGGCUAACUCAUAUGUUUCACCACAAGACCAUUCUUGAGAUGGAACUCAUUCUGUUGAAAGCUUUAGAGUGGCGUGUUAACUCGGUCACGAGUUUAUCCUUUUCUCAAAUUCUAAUGACCAAAGUGGGGAUAGUAGGAGGAGACAUAAUGAUGAAUCGAAUCACAGAACAACUGCUAUAUCAUUUAUGCGAUGUGAAGAUGCUUGAAUAUGCACCAAGUGUUGUAGCGGCUGCGGUUGUGUGGACUGUCUUAGAAGAGAAAGCAAUUCUAGAAGAGAACCUUGGGAAAAUUAUGAAUCUUUUUGGACAAGAACACAAGGAGAAUAUUGCGAAAUGUGUCAAUGUUAUGAAAUCUCAAAGCGUGGGAAAAGGUUGGGGAAGAAAAGUUGGUGAAGUGAAGAGUCUUGUGAGUGUGUUGCAGAGAGGUGAUGUGAUGAACAUGAAUGAUGUUUAUCACGGCGGAGAUCUUUCUGCCAUUUUUCAGAUUUUACGAUCCGAAGGAGUCGUCAAUAAGAAGAGAGACAGAGAUUGCUACGAAGACAAAACUCGUCCUGCAAAAAGAAUGACGUUUGUCAUGUCAGAUUAACUAUCACAUUUAUGAAAAGUGAUGAAACCACAUUUUUGAAAUAACAAAAAAUAAUUUUGUUGUUUUUCUUUUACACAAAUUACCGAAAAACGGACACGUACUGUUGAAUAUUGUAUGAUGAGAAAUUUAAGAAUUGUUAAA